AUGCAGGCUUAUGGCCAACCUCCAAAUCCCCAAACUUUUGCUGUCUUGUUGGAUGGCCUGUGUAAGAAUGGACAAGUUGUUGAGGCAAUAAAAGUGUUUCAUGACAUGAAAGACAAAACGUUGAGCAACAAUAUUGUGAUUUACAGCAUUUCGAUUGACAGUUUGUGUAAUGUUGGGAAUCUUACAGUUGUAAGAGAACUCUUUUAUAGUCUACCUGUGAAAGGAUUGCAACCCAAUGUUCGAACUUACACCAUAACGCUCAAAGGGCUUUGCAAAGAGGGACUGAUAGAAGAAGCAUGUGUAUUUGAGAAAAUGGAUGGGAGCAGUUGCUCACCUAACAAUCACACAUAUAACACAAUAAUCCAAGGGUUAGUGCAACAUAAUGAGACAUCAAAGGCAAUGGAAUAUCUUGAAAUAAUGGUUGACAAGGGUUUUUCAGCAAAUGUGAUAGUUGUAAGCAUGUUAUUUGACUUACUGAACAUUCAAGAAUUUCCCCAAAAGCUUGUGUGA